GCUGUUCGGGCGCAAAUAAACCGGAACAGCGCCAUCUAGUGGCACGCUCGGUACUACUACAAAUACUGCCACCUGAUUGGAUGUAGAUGGCGUGAAGCAUUAUCACUGUGAUUGGUUGAAUUGUUCCCUACCCUAAUUCCUCGAAUAUUGUAAAUUGUAACUAACUUAUUUAAUCAAUAUACGUUAUAUCAGUAUUCCAAAGCGGUUGUUCCUUAUUUUAAACACCAAAAUUAUAGGACAAAUUCAGUACGCAAAUUAGGCCGCUACAUGCUCUGGACCUUCCGAGCCAUAUAUUUACAAGGAUUACGCUGAUUCCUGAAGAUUACCUUGGAACCCCCGGAAUACGCACCAAGAACGGAGGUCAGCUGUACCUGCCACGCAACCAUCUCGCACAACUACGCAUCAGCGAGGUCAAGGUCAAGCCAAGCGGGUCACACCAGGUGCCUGAAGGAGACGUAACGCAGACGUAAUUCCAAUCAAGGACUAGCAGUCAAGCCAAAGGAAGUAUCGUCGUUCCCAGCAAACACGACAUCUUGUCCCUUUUCCAACCUCGUCCUCAUUUGUGCUAAUAACGUGUUUCAGUGAAUAGCCGCAGAGAGUAACAUACGGGUGUACCGUACUGCCGAGGCCACAGCUUGCUCGCAGUCUUCGCGUCACGACACUACACGUGAGUACUCCACUUUUCACUGACCACCAAAAUGACUCUCAACCCAGAAAAAGAUGCCACGGCGUCACGAUCUCAAUCUCCCUGUAGAUCAUCCACAACAGACAAACAGACGGAAGAACUGAUUCGCAAUCUCGUUAAAAAACGUGGCAUUAUAAAGGGCAGGCUUACUAAAUUCAUUAACUACAUUAAUUCAAUAGAUAGUGAAAAGUUAUCCCCCCAAAACCACGUUGAUAUUAAAUUACGCGUGCAAGGUGCUGCUGGUUUAUUCUCCGAAUUUAAUAGUGUCCAAACAAAUUUAGAAGAAGCGGUCCCUGACCACGAUUUAGAAGCUCAGUUAUCUCAACGUGAACAGUUCGAAAAUAGUUAUUACAGUUCCAUUGCACAAGCAGAGUUAAUGCUAACAUGUGGUGAGGUCGCCGAUAGUUCUUAUAAGGCUAAAAAGGGUAAAUUAAAUUCAGUUAAACUGCCCACCAUCACGCUGCCAACCUUUGACGGUUCAUACGAAAACUGGCUUCAAUUUAGAGACACAUUCCUGUCCUUAGUUCAUAAAUCCAAUGAGUUAAAUAAUAUUGAGAAAUUUCAUUACCUCAAAUCAUCCCUAAAGGGGGACGCAGGGUUAGUCAUAGACGCGGUUGAACUAUCCUCGGAAAACUAUACAGUAGCGUGGGAACUACUUCUUAACAGAUACAACAAUAGUAGGCUACUAAUACAAAAUCACGUAAAAGCAUUGUUUAACAUUCAACAGUUAGCUAAGGAGUCACCGUCCCUCAUUAGAAAACUAAUAGACACGAUAUUAAAGAAUAUACGCGCUUUAAAAAGUCUCGGCGAGCCUACAGACUCGUGGUGUACUUUAAUAAUUUAUAUCGUCGUUUCUAAAUUAGAUAAAACCACUGAAAGACAAUGGGAGGAGCACAAAGGUUCUUUGAUUUCACAAGACGCAUCUACAAAGUUAACCGUUAAUCAGUUGCUCGAGUUCCUCAAGAGUAGGGCGGACAUGCUAGAAACAUUACAGGUGUCCCAUAGCAACACAUCCACUAACGCGCAGGUUCAACACAUUCAUAAAAAACCAACUAGUUUUACGAACAAGUGUUUUGCAAUGCCGGCCCAGUGUAAUGUUUCAUCAAACAAACCCCCGUUCAAUAGGAAUACAUCGCAAUAUUCUCAAUCUUACAAAAAAAAUUGCCCUAUGUGUCAGGCUAAACAUCCUCUGUACUCGUGUGUUAAAUUCAUAGACGCAAGCCUAGAUACGAAGCUUAGUGUAGUACGUGAAAAUAAGUUAUGCACUAAUUGCCUACGGUUCGGUCAUAAUAUAGAUUCAUGUAGGUUCGGGCCGUGUAAAAUAUGUUCGAAAAAACAUAACUCAUUAAUUCACAGCGACGAAUCAGCUGAUUGCUCCGUGAACUUGAACUCCGUCGUUGUUCAGGAACCGGUUCAACGCGCCGCCGCCGCCGCCCUGUCGGUGCCUGAAAAUAAUGUGACGUCACCGGCCGGUCCCGCUAGUCCAUCUAUAAUCGUAAACAAAGCACACAUGCAAGAUUUUCACGCGCACACGAACACCAUGUCUUCACAACAGGUUCUCUUAUCUACUGCGUUAGUUGAAAUUAUUGACAAAAAUGGCGAAUCACAUACGGCUUGCGCAUUACUUGAUAGUGGCAGCCAGCGAUGUUUUGUUACUAAACAAUUAUGCGAUUCAUUAAACGCUAUAACUAUACAGUCCACUCACGAAAUUCGAGGGGUAGGUAAUUCGGUGACUCAAUGUUCAGAAACGUGUGACAUUGAGUUAAAAUCGCGCAUCAAUACCUACACCACGCGCAUCAAUUGUUAUGUGCUACCGCAGAUAACAUCCACCAUGCCGCGUGUCUUAUGUAAACAAAGCGUACAUAACGACAUUCCAGACGGCAUCGUAUUAGCAGAUCCUGAAUUCUUAGACUUUAAAACGAUAGACAUUUUAAUAGGCGCAGAUAAGUUUUGGGAUCUCCUUAACGACGGUAAAUUUAGACUAAAAACCGGUCCUUAUUUACAGAGUACAAAAUUAGGUUGGAUAAUUUCAGGCCCCAUCUACAAUUCGCACAGUAGUGGCGGAAUACAAUGUAAUUUUACUCAAUCAAUCGAUAGGCAACUAAGACAGUUCUGGGAGCUUGAGGAGCUGCCCGGGGCGAGCGACACGCGCACGGACGAGGAGCGCGCGUGCGAGGAACAUUUCGUCAACACUACGACGCGCAAUAGUGACGGAAGGUUCUGCGUACGCAUUCCUAUGAAAAAACCGGCUACGACCUUGGGAGACACGUAUUUUCAGGCUGAACGUAGAUUUUUAGCGCUAGAAAAGCGAUUGCAGCGCUCGCCUCAACAUAAAGCGUUAUAUAGCGAUUUUUUACACGAGUAUGAAAGGUUAGGUCAUAUGACUCGCGUAAAUGACUACGGAUAUCCGAAUUACUUCCUAACACACCACGGUGUGUUUCGCGAGCAUAGCACUAGUACGCGAUUAAGGGUAGUUUUCGAGGCUAAUCAACCAUCUUCAACUGGUGUAUCAAUAAAUGAUUUGCAGAUGGUCGGCUCGCCUAUACAGGGUGAUCUAUUUUCGAUUUUGUUGCGCUUCAGACAGCACAAAUACGUUGCGUGUGCUGACAUCGAAAAAAUGUAUCGUCAGUGUCUAGUAGCCGAAGAUCAACGAGAUCUGCAGUUAAUAUUGUGGCGCGAUGACCCGUCACUUCCGCUAGGUGUUUACCGUUUGAACACAAUUACCUAUGGGAUGGCCUCGUCGGCCUUCAUGAGCGUCAGGUGCCUGAAACAAUUAGCCACCGAGUGCAACGACCCCGACGUACAACGGGUUAUUAAUGAGCAUUUUUACGUUGACGACAUGAUUGUAGGAUUAGACGACAAAGAAAAGCUGAUACGGCUGUGUAAGAAUACGGCCGCGACGUUGCAAUCAGGCUGUUUUCCACUCCGGAAGUGGAUCUUCAACUUUGAUAAUGAAGAUGCAAGUUUAUCUGAAACCUCUAAACAAUUAUCUUUAGGCGAAAACGCGCAAUCUAAAACGUUAGGUUUAGGUUGGUUUAAUUCAGCAGACGAACUUCAUUUCAGCACUCAGGUCAAAGGUGAUGACGAGGUGAUAACAAAGCGGACCAUCUUAUCAAAAACCUCUCAAAUAUUCGACGCAUUAGGUUUUCUCAGCCCCGUCAUAAUUAGCGCAAAAAUUCUUCUUCAAAAAUUAUGGUUAUUGAAGUUAGAUUGGAACGACGCGGUGCCGAGUGAUAUCGCGCGACUUUGGAGCCGGUUUGUUACUUCAUUAUCGUCACUCGGACGCAUUCGAAUCCCGCGCUGCUCGAUGGGAAGCCGGCCUGUCAACUACGAGCUACACAUAUUCACAGAUGCGUCACAGGCGGCUUUCGGCAGUAGCGCCUAUAUUCGCACAAUAAACGAUGAUAACACGGUACAGGUUCGACUGUUAUGUUCUAAGGGCCGAGUAGCACCGCUAAAACCUACAAGUAUCCCGCGACUCGAGCUGUGUGGUGCAUUGUUAGGGGCUAGGCUGUAUAAUAAGAUACGCGAAUCUCUUCGUUGUCAGUUUAGCCACACAAUGUGUUGGACGGAUUCCACCAUUGUACUAGGAUGGUUACGUAUGGCACCUAGUUUACUUAAAACGUUCGUACAAAACCGAGUAGUAGAAAUACACGAGUUGACAAAGGACACCCCGUGGCGGCACGUUAGCGGCACCGACAACCCCGCUGACCUGGUGUCACGCGGCGUCGCCCUCGAGGUCCUCGCCUCCUCCGGGCUAUGGUGGGAGGGGCCGCAGUUUCUACACGACCCUAACUUUGCAUGCGGCGACGUGCCUGUAGGAACAUGGUCUAAACAAAACGUAGAAUUGCCUGAAGUUAAGUCCGUUGUCACUUCAUGCACUAACAACGUAUCACCUAUAGAAUCCAGCGUUUUUCCAUUUCAUAGGUUUUCACAAUACAUGCGUAUGAAGCGCGCUGCCGCGUACAUGUUACGUUUCAUUCACAAUGCGCGUAGUAAGCUAAAUAAACGUACAGGAAAUCUAACCGUAGACGAAUUACGUGAGUCGGAAAUUAUGCUAAUUAGGUGGUCUCAACAAGAAUCAUACGCGAAAGAAUAUGAGUCAUUAACAAAAAAUAACCGCCUUAGUAAGAAAAAUAAUCUAUCAAAAUUAAAUUUGUUUCUUGACGAUAACAAAAUAAUGCGCAUCAGUGGUAGAUUAUAUAACUCAACCGAAUUCGAUUACAACAAAAAACACCCUAUACUAAUUUCUAGUAAACAUCACCUAGCAUUGUUAUUGUUUCGACACGAGCACCGCCAGCUGAUGCACUGUGGGCCGCAGGCGUUGCUGUUCCACGUGCGCGGGGCGUGGUGGCCCGUGGCCGCGCGCGCGCUCGCCCGCGCCGUGGUGCACGCGUGCGUCACCUGCAGGCGGGUCCGGGGGCGCACGCUCACUCCACUAAUGGGUAAUCUACCUAAAGAAAGGAUAACUGCAACUUACCCUUUCAUGCGAUGCGGAGUGGAUUACGCCGGGCCAGUGUCCGUAUUGAAUCGAAAAGGCCGAGGCGCGAAAUUAACUAAGGGCUAUAUUUGUUUAUUUAUCUGCUUUGUCACGCGCGCAGUUCAUUUAGAACUAGUAAGUGACCUCACCACAGACGCGUACCUACUAGCAUUAAAGCGUUUUAUUUCACGUCGUUCUAAGCCAACAGAAAUAUAUUCAGACAAUGCGACUAAUUUCGUAGGUUUAAAAAACGAAUUUUCUAAAUUUUUAGAUUCCUGUAGCAAGGACAUUAUUGAUUACGCAACCAGUCAGCAAAUAAAAUUCUCUUUCAUUCCCCCUCACGCUCCGCACAUGGGUGGUCUUUGGGAACGUGGAGUACGAAGUUGUAAAUACCAUCUACGCCGAGUAGUUGGCAAUGUAAACUUAACAUUCGAAGAGUUUAGCACGUUAUUAGCGCAAAUAGAAGCUAUCCUCAACUCCCGACCAUUAACACCUAUGUCCACAGAUCCCACUGACUUUCUCCCACUUAGUCCUGCACACUUCUUGGUCGGCCGGAGCCUGACCUCGCCGCUGUUCGACGACUACACCGACAUCCCGGCAACACGGCUCUCACGCUACCAGAGGACGGAGCAGAUCAGACAGCACUUCUGGUCACGAUGGGCUAACGAGUACAUAUCCGAGCUGCAGACCCGCGCUAAGUGGCGAGAGCAUACUGAGGAGCUGAGACCUAACACGAUGGUCAUCAUCAGAGAUAAGAAUCUCCCCCCACUGAAGUGGCAUAUGGGCCGCAUCAUCAAGUCCAUCCGCGGCAAGGACGGCGUCUCCAGGGUGGCCGACAUCCAGACUGCGACGGGAGUGCUGCGGCGAGCAUACACGAGCAUAUGCCCACUCGUCGAGGAAGACGCGAGUCAGCUGUAACACAUUGGAACAACAGUUCCAAGGCGGGGAGGAUGUUCGGGCGCAAAUAAACCGGAACAGCGCCAUCUAGUGGCACGCUCGGUACUACUACAAAUACUGCCACCUGAUUGGAUGU